CUUCUCUUCACAUUCAUUUGGGAUCAUUGUAAUGUGCUUGAUUCGAUCAUUUUGGCAAUGUAUCAUAGGAACAGGAUAACAGGAUUAUCGUGCUCUUGACUUCUGCAGCAGAAUUCGGGAAAUUAUGAUCAUCCUUCAUCAUUAUGGUGCAUAAUUUUGUUUUCUGGAUUACUUUAAUUUAGCAGAAUUAAGCGGAACAUUUGAUUCAGCAUUCAGCUUGCUACAAAAUUGAUUUUUCCGGAUCAUUUAAUGACUAGGAUUCAAAUUGUAUACAACAGCAUCAACAUUAACGUCAGACCAGGAUUAGUGAAAUCUUGCUUUAAAAGCCUAUGAUCUAAUCGAGUUUGCCGUUUUAUUUUUUUAUCUUACCUGGGCCAAUAGACAAACAUGUCGGCUGAUCUUACCUGGCUUCUUAUCAAGAAGAACAACUCUUUCUUGGUCAAGCGCAAUGGCGUUCAAUUCUCCUCGGAGGCUGGAAACUUGUUGAACAAGAACUCGUUCAAGUACUCUGGUCUUGCCAACAAGAAGACUGUUGAUAUCACUGCUGCUCCCUCUGGCCGUGGUGUUGUCGUUGCUACCAAGAAGUCUAGCGUUCCUGCCUUCAAGCCUGCUAAGGCCAUCAACAAGGUUACUCUUACCAAGGGUAUCCGCAAGUCUGCUCGCUCUGUUGCUGGCCUUACUCGCAAUGGCUACCGUGCUGAUCUCCGCAAGGCUGCUCUUGCUCGCGUCUCUGCCGUCCUCAACUCACAGAAGCCCGUUAAGGCUAUCCCCAAGAAGACUGGCAAGGGUAUCCGUGCCAACAAGAACUAAUUUGUAGAUGUACUUCGAGUUGG